ACUGUAUCGGCAGGUUAAAUGAUAAAGAAACAUCUGGCCUACAUGGAUGCACCUGCUUCAGUUGCCCCAUGUUUGCAUUUCAGAGUCCAUGUGAAGCCGUCUGCCUUGACGUAAUGUCUCUCUGUAGGCUGAAUGUACUAAACAGACAGGAUGUUUCCUGGGCGUGUGGAAUGAAGACACUCCUGCCCUAUAUUGUUGAAAUCCCAGCUGUCUUGAUUCUAAGCGCAUCCAUCCAGACAUUAAUGGUCUCUUAUCUGAUGCGUUCAGCUCGCUGCGGUGUUCGUUUAUUGGUGUAAGGCCAGCCAAACUCCUAAACGAAGAGAAGCCCGCAUGCAGGGUGUGUGUGUGUGGAUUCGGACUUUGGCCCUGGAAGGGGUGCGUGUAUUUAUUGGCAGUUGGUAGAGCAGAACCGUGAAUCGUGAUCUGCUUGCCGUGGUCCAGCGCCAUGGUAGACAUGCCGAGCCUGUACAGUCCCUUGUGCCCGCUGGGCGAUCCAAUUCUGGACAGCCCUCUGUAUGGAGAGCUCAUUGGUGACAUGGAGGUGCUGGAGGACAUCUCUCAGUCUCUCAGCGACGAUACCUUCAACUCCCUUCACGUACUGGACUACCAGAGCAGCAACACAGCAGCAGAUAGCUCAACUGUCUUAGAUGUCUUAACACCUGCAUCGAGUCCGUCCUCAGAAGUGUUUGCGUCCAGCACGAUUCAGGACGAGAACUCCUCUGGUUCCUUGGCCCUCGAGUGCCGCGUCUGCGCCGACCGGGCCUCAGGUUUCCAUUAUGGAGUGCACGCCUGCGAAGGGUGCAAGGGGUUCUUCAGGAGAACCAUUCGACUCAAACUGGAGUACGACAAGUGCGAACGCAACUGCAAGAUCCAGAAAAAGAACCGAAACAAAUGCCAAUACUGCCGUUUCCGCAAGUGCCUUGCAGUGGGCAUGUCCCACAACGCUAUCCGUUUUGGGCGGAUACCCCAAUCUGAAAAGCAGAGGCUGAAAGCAGAACAGGACGUAAACGUGAAAGAGGAGCACGAGUCCCAGCAGCCGGACACAAAGAGUCUGGCCAAGCAGAUGCAUGAAGCCUACCUCAAACACUUCCACAUGAACAAAGCCAAAGCACGUGUGUUUCUCACGGGCAAGACCGGCACUCCGCCCUUCGUCAUCCACGACAUGGACACUCUCCAGCAUGCCGAGCAGAAACUACUCACCCAGCUGCUGGGCAACAUGGCGUCCGGAGACGUCUCCACUCUGCGGGAGAGGGAAGUGGAGGCCCGGCUCUUUCUGUUCUGCCAGUACGCCUCGGUGGCGACGGUCACAGAGCUGACGGAGUUCGCCAAGGCCGUGCCUGGCUUUGCCGCCCUAGACCUCAACGACCAGGUGACUCUGCUGAAGUACGGCGUGUAUGAGGCGCUCUUCGCUCUGCUGGCCUCCUGCAUGAACAAAGACGGGCUGCUGGUGGCUCGCGGCGGAGGCUUCAUCACUCGAGAAUUUCUAAAGAGUCUGCGUAAGCCCUUCAGCGACAUGAUGGAGCCGAAAUUUCAGUUCGCCAUGAGGUUCAAUGCCCUAGAGCUCGACGACAGCGACCUGGCACUGUUCGUGGCUGCCAUCAUCUGCUGCGGAGACCGUCCAGGACUGAGCGACGUGUCGCAGAUCGAGCGCAUCCAGGAGAGCAUCAUCCACGCCCUACGGCUCCACCUGUUGUCCAACCACCCCGACAACACCUUACUCUUUCCCAAGCUGCUGCAGAAACUGGCCGACCUGCGGCAGCUGGUGACGGAGCACGCGGAGCUGGUCCAGGACAUCAACAAGACGGACGAUGCUUCACUCCACCCGCUUCUGCAGGAGAUCUACAGAGACAUGUACUGAGCUCAGAGCGUCGCCAUUCUCGGGAAGGCAGGACAUUACAGGGAAAAGCCAGCGUAAUUCUAGGCUGAAAAAUAUAGCGCUAACCUUUAAUAGGGCACGGACCUUUAUAAGGUCAAUGCCUAUAGCCCCAUAGAUGUUUUGUAAAUUUGCCAGAGUGGAUUUCAAUUACAGGUGCAGUGAGCGAAUGGCACUCAAAAUAUAUAGAAAUCCCUAAAAAACAUAUGUGACCCUGGAGCACAAAACCAGUUUUAAGU